UUGGUAAACAUUGAGCAAUAUUUUAGUGCGCCUUUGUUUAUCUUAUUUCUGUAUAGUAUUUAUAUUGUCUCAGUAACAGUUUUAUUUAUAUAUACUAUUCAUUGUUAACUGAAAUUGAAAUGAAACCGAGACCAUGUGGUUGCAAGGGAUGUAGAACAUGUUUAAUAUGUGAAAAUCAGUAUGGAGCUGCCGGCUUAAAGUUAUCACUCGACAAAAAUAAAAGCUAUGUGUAUUGUCCACUUUGUGCAAAGGCUUGGAGUGGAUGGGACACAAACCUUUACAAAGAGCACCCCAACCACGAAGGCCAUUCAAUAGAGUUUCCUGGAGUUUUUAUACUAUUAGAUUUCAUAACACAGGAAGAGGAGAAUGAUCUGAUGACUUGCAUUGAUGAAGUCCCAUGGGAUACUUCACAAAGCGGCAGACGCAAGCAAAAUUAUGGACCGAAAACUAAUUUUAAAAAGAAAAAACUUGUACUAGGGAAAUUUGAUGGGUUUCCACAGUUUUCAAAAUACAUACAAGACAGAUUUAAUUGUGUAGACCUAUUAGAAGGUUAUGAAGUUAUUGAACAAUGUUCAUUAGAAUAUGAUCCCAACAAGGGUGCUUCAAUAGAUCCUCAUAUUGAUGACUGUUGGGUCUGGGGUGAAAGAAUUGUUACUGUAAAUUGUCUGUCUGAUACAGCCUUAACCAUGACACCAUAUAAAGGAGAUCAAAGCAAAUAUAAUUUAGCAUGUGCUAAAGAGUAUCCACCAACUGUUCUGGCCGAUGGCAGAAUAGACUUAAAUUAUAAAAGCAAUGAGCCAUCAAUAUUUGAAACAAGUAAACCAAAGGAGGAUAGAGAUGUGAUUGUAAGAAUACCAAUGAUAAGACGUUCUUUAGCAGUACUGUAUGGAGAACCUCGAUAUCAUUGGGAACACUGUGUCCUCCGGGAGGAUAUACCUGAGCGCAGAGUUUGCAUUGCAUAUAGAGAGUUUACACCUACCUACAUGACAAACUCUAGUAUAGGAGAUGAAAUAAGAAGCCAAGCAAAGCAUUUUUGGGAUCAUACAAAUAAAACUAAUGUGUAGUUGUUUACAACUUCUAUAGAAGUAUUUAUCAUUUAAAGAUCAAAUAAAACAUAUUUAUUAUUA